AUGGAGGGCGACAAGCGUGAUCUUGCGGAUCUAUUGAAAGAGGGAGGUAUUGGCAGUGAAGUACCGGAAAUCAUUGGUAAAAUCCCAAUGGCAGUAAAGAAACGUGUAUGCGCUCUCAAGAAGGUUCAGCUAGAUAGCAUCGAAGUGGAAGCCAAAUUCUACGAGCGGGUUCAUCAGCUUGAAAAGGAGUUCGAGACGGAAUUCAACAAGCUUUAUGAGCAGCGAAGAAAGAUUGUCGCUGGGGAGUACGAACCUACUGAUGAAGAAUCCAAGCUCCCUAUCAUUCAUGGCUUGGAGGAGGACGAAAUUAAG